AACAAUGUCCGUACUUGUUCUUCCAAAUCAACAUUUCCCAAAUCAGUACUCCCUCUAUUCGGAUUAUCGUGUGGCCAUCACCCAUAAAUUUGAGAAGUUGUCUGACGCAGAGUUAUACUCCUGGAAAAUAAUCUUUGGGCAAUUUUUAAAAGUGCAGAUUCAGUUCUUUGGGCAACUGAUCCAUAUCAUGUUGCUGCAUAUAAAACGCACAAGGGAAUUUCCGAAUGUUGAUGAAGAGGAUGACGUUGUGGGCAGUAUUUGCAAGAAAUUCUUUGGGGCAGCACAGUGAAGUGCACCUUUGUCAGCAACACUCAAAUUUGGAGCCGAAGGGUAGUGGUGAGGCCUACGUCAAGGAGUUGGUCCAGUUCUCUAUGUUAUACUUUGUAGAGUGCUUCCUACUUGCCAAGGACAAAGGUGCUCGUGUUGACUUUUCUCACCUAGAGCUAAUUGACAACAUAGAAAAGUUUGAGGUGUAUUCAUGGGGUGAUCAUCCUACAUCCUCAGAGUGAAGCUCAUUCAUGGGUUGAAGCAAGCUUUUUAUGGAUUCCCCAUUCCACUAGAAUUAAUAUUUUUUCUUUAGAACACCACAAGAAAUAUUUUAAUACUAAUAUAAUGAUCCACUUGUUUUAAUGGUAUUAUAUUAUUUGGUUUGAAAUGGUGAAUGAUUUUUAGAUAUCGGCAUACGAGCAAAUUCCAAUCCUCUCAAAAGAGAACAAUGCAUAAAGGCUCGGGAACAAUGCAUGUGCAAUGCAGAACUGGAAAUCUGAGAGGUGUCACCAAUUUAUUGCCUUGAUGAAACUCUAAUUCACUGAGAUUUUUAUAUUACCAAAUAAAUCAUUGUUAGUGUGUAUAUAUUAAAAAUCACUAUAACUAGUACAAUGCUAGUUCAAAUAAAUUGCCAUGAGCGUGUGCCUGUAUUAAAAAGACAAUUAUAAUAAUGUUCUUACUAGUUUCUGCCCGUCUCCCCCUAGGAUCUCAGUGAAUAAGUGUUCCAUCAAGGCACUAAACUAGUGACAUCUCGUGUAUUUCCAAUUUAGCAUUGCACAAGCGCUGUUUACAAGCCUUGAUGCGUAGUUAUCUUUAGACAGGAUUGCGAACUUCUUAUAUGCCCAUAUUUGGAAAUCAUUCACCAUUUAAAACUAAAUAGUAGAGUACCAUAAAAAGACUUGGAUCAUUAUUUUAGUAUUAAAAUAUUACUUGCCAUGAAAUUGAGAAUCUCUAGAAAGCUUCUUUCAACCUUUUAAUUUCAGCCUUAAAUCUUUCUUCUGCUCAUAAACUUCUAAAGCUGCCCAUCUAUUGCGGACUUUAUGCUUCACUGUGAGGAUGUAGGAUGACCACCCCAUGGAUAACCCUCAAACUUCUUCUAUGUUGUCAAUCAGCUUCACGUGAGACAAAUUAACAGAAAUAUCCUUGUCCUUGGCAACUAGGACACACUAUGCAAAGUAUAACAUAAAGAACUGGACCAACUCAUUGACGUAUGCCUCAACACUAUCACUCGGCUCGAAAUUUGGGUAUUGCUGACGAAGGUGCACUUCACCUCUAGAAAUUUCUUGCAAAUACUGCCCACAUCGUCAUCCUUUUCCUCAACUUCUGGAAAUUCCAUUAUGCCUCGAAAACCAAUAAUCUUGCACCAAUCCUCAAAAUACUAUUUCUCUACUUUGUUAUUUAUAAAAGACCAUAGCUCAUCCUCUGAGUGCUUAGGUGUCAUAUGCAACAACAUGACAUGGAUGAGUUGCCCAAAGAAUUGAAUAUACUCCCUCUGUCCAACAAUAAAGUUCUCGUUCACUA